AUGUUAGCUCCAGGGGUAGUUGCAAUUAUUGCAGGCCUACUGGCCCAUCGACUGGUCUUUAUUCACGGGGAAUGGCAUCUGAAAGGCCCUAGGGUUGUCGUUCUCCAUCUUCUUUCUAGCUGUCUAUUAUGGACAAAGCAUUUAUUUGGCCGUGGAAGCACCCAAGCCGGCUUGGUUGAGACAAUAUACUUGGCGACAUGCUAUCUCUCAUCACUAUUCAUAAGCAUUGCAGUAUACCGGCUGAUGUUUCAUCGAUUGAAACACUUUCCCGGUCCAAAAUUAGCUGCAGUGACCAAAUUAUGGCAUGUUUGGAAAUGCCGUAAUUCGCGUGGACAUCUCGUCUUGCAGGCCUGGCACGAAAAAUAUGGGGAGUUUGUACGAACCGGUAAGAUAUAUCCCAAUCAAGUAGAACUCCCUGAUAACAUUGAGCUUAUAUACUCAGGUCCUGCCGAAAUCACCAUAUUCCACCCCGAGGCCUAUGAGGCCAUGGAUGGUCCAGACAAUGAUAACACGCGCUCUGAUUGGUACGACCUUCUGUAUCCCCGGAUAUCCUCAAUCUUCACUCGCGACCGUCAGUUGCACCAUGAACGGCGGAAAAUGUGGGAGCAAGCACUGAGCAGAAAAGCAUUGCUCCAGUAUCAUCGGCGAAUGGUGGAAAAGGUACGAACACUGCAAAGCCUAGUUGCUUUGGGGAAAUCAAGCCCUAUUCUCAUCAAUGACCUAAUGUAUUUCUUCGCUUUUGAUUCGAUGGGAGAAUUUGCUUUCAGCGAGGAUUUCGGAAUGAUGAGUAGUAAGAGGUGGCAUUCGUCGAUAGCGAUGCUGCGUUCGGCACUCACGUUGCUAGGCCCGUUUAGUCCUGCAAUAUGGAUCCCGAGACUGGGGUUUGCAUUUAUUCCGUCGCUGUGGAAGGUCCGGCACUGGUUUCAAAUGCUUGAAUUUUGUGAUCAAUGCAUGGCUCGGCGGAUGAAGAAAACACUCCCAGAUCGUGAUAUCGCAUCUUGGUUUAUUGAGGACCACGUCAAACGCGGAUUAGACCCCUCGCGGGCACGGUGGUUGAGCGGCGACACUGCAACGCUGGUUGUAGCCGGAAGCGACACCACUGCUCCAAGCCUGACCCUUCUCUUCUAUUUCCUCGCUCGAUACCCCACGCAUGCUGAGAAGAUAUAUGAAGAGAUCCACGGGGUUGAUAGGGAUAGUCCAGCUGCCUUAGCCACCUUGCCUCAUUUGACGGGGACUAUAAACGAAACAAUGCGAUUACUUCCAGCAGUACUAACCUUCAGCUCUCGGGUAACUCCACCACAAGGACUAAUGAUAGAUGGCACGUUUAUCCCAGGAAAUACCAAAAUAUGUGCGCCACGCUACACAAUUGGUCGACUUGAGACGGCAUAUGCCCAUCCCCAUGAGUUUAUUCCCGAGCGGUGGUACAGCCAACCGGAGCUAAUCAAGGAUAAACGGGCAUUUGCUCCUUUUGGCGUCGGGCGUACAAGCUGUGUUGGUCGUCAUUUAGCUCUUGCACAAAUCCGACUCGUAGCUGCUGCCUUGGUGUUCCACUAUCGGAUCAAAUUUGCACCUGGUGAGAAUAAUGGCAAAGCUGUGGAACGAGAUAUGAAGGACCAAUUGACUGCGCAGCCUGGUGCAUGUCGGCUUGUGUUCCAAAGUCGGGUAUAG